UUAUUAAACAAAAAGUGCAAAGAUAAAGCGACCAUUGCUUAGAAGCCCCACUAAGAAACAGUCGACACCUUCACGAUCACCGCCACCAACUCACUGGCUUCUUUUGAGUCACAAAGUUUCAAAAAGACGGACCGAAAGACUCAAGGCUCCAAAAUCCAAACACCAGAGACGUUGGGGGAUCUCGGUGGCGAUGACUACCCCAACGAACCUCGCUGAGGACCGCCACCACCAUCUUCCGUACCCUCCGCUCGACGGCCGCCGGCACCGUCAUUACAUGGGCCGGCCCAUCUCGGCCCCCUCCUCCGCCGCCUCCUUCAGGGGCUGCUGCUGUUGUCUAUUCCUCCUGCUCAUCUUCGUCGCCCUCCUCGCCGUCGCCGUCGCCCUCGUAGUCGUCCUCGUCCUCAAGCCCAAGAAGCCCCAGUUCGACCUCCAGCAGGUGGCCGUACAGUACCUCCUCGUCGCCCCCACCACCUCCUCCGCUUCACCCACCGUCUCCGCCCUUGGCGGGGCCGCAGUCCGAGGGGCACAGCCGACGGCGGCGUACCUGUCGCUCAACAUCACGCUGCUGUUCCUUGCGGACAACCCGAACAAGGUGGGGAUCCGGUACGAUGCGGCGGCGCUGGACGUGAUGUACCGUGGGGUGCCGCUGGGGGUGGCAACGGUGCCGGGGUUCGAACAGCCGGCCCAGAGCCGUCGCUUGGUCCAGACCCGCGUCGUCGUCGACCGCUUCAACGUCAUGCAGUCUGAUGCCCUCGACCUCGUCCGCGACGCCGCCCUCAACGAUCGCGUCGACCUCCGCCUCACCGGCGACGUCGCCGCCAAGAUCCUCGUCCUCGGCCUUUCCUCCCCCAGGGUUCAGGUUUCGGUGGAUUGUGCGAUCGAGAUCAGCCCUAGGAAGCAGUCGCUCACUUACAAGCGGUGUGGAGUCGACGGAUUAAAUUUCUGAACCGAAAAAAAUUUUAAGAGAAAAGUCUUAUUUUCCUUUUUUUUCCCCCCUUUUCUUUGCAUUUUGAUGGAAGUCGUAGUUUAUCUGAUCGAGUUAGCUUCGGGGCAAAGCAAAGUAGGCAUGCCGUCAUGGCCAGGGAGGUGCCCAGAUGUCCAUUUUUCACUCUCCUCCCAUUACAUCAGCCUUUUGUUUUGUUGGGUCCUCUUGCUCUUGUGGUGGGAGAGGAGGCAGGCAGGACAUGAGUACAGCUCUUCCUAACCUUGGUUUGUUUGAUGGAUUCUGGGUGAAAUGUUCUUAUUGAUGACUGUGAGCAAGUAAAAAAGAUGAGGAUGGUAUCCAACCUACUUACCUACUGUUCUUGGCCACUUAUUUUUGUUAAGAUCUGGUAUCAGGUUGCCCGUUUUCUAGUCCACAACAUGGAACUUCAGCAACUCCACUUUUUUACUCUCGGCCUUAGCUACAUGACUAUCUCAAACAUGUGCAGUGCUCCGUUGCUCCUCCUUGAUAGGAUCGCAUUGAACAUGGGCCUUUGUCAGACACAGUUGACAACUACAUUUGCUGCUUCAUCAAGUUACCAAAUUUUAUUUUAGGCAUUGUGCGAUUGCAUCAGCUGUUAUUUCAGGAUGUUGGUUGCAAGAUUUUAUCAUGUACCUUUUGCUCUAGCAUUAUAAUUAUAUUAUUGUAGGUUGGUGUUUCAACAAGGAAAUAAGAGACAUCAUAUUCCAUCUGUUUCCAAAUUUUAUCUGUCGCAUUGUAUCAUUUAGAAAGAUCAGCUUUUAGGGUUUAGGUUGGCUGAUAACAACGGAUUGUAUCAUUUACCAUUGCGCUAUGUCAGACAGUUGACCCCAGCACUAUAAUCUGUUGCUUGGUGCUUCGACAAGGCAAGAAGUGUCAUCAAUCAUCCACCGGUUACAAAAAAUUAUCUCGGGGCAAUGCAUCAUUCCAUGGCUGAUAUAGUUUAGGAAGGUCAGCUUUUUUGGUUUUCUCAUCCCUGGGCAAUCUCAGAUGUUCGUAUAGCUUGGAGAAGCUCAACUAUGUUUAACCAUGUAUUAAGCAUUUUUUUGGCAGUAAGGAGUCUGAUAAGUGGUAGUUCUUUGGUGGACAUAUGGAAUUUACACAA